AUGGCUCGGUUGAACGACUAUGCGGCUCCUGCCGAGUCCAUCGAGGCCUUGAAGCGACGAUUUGUGCGACAAAACCGUGAGAUCGCGAGGGUGAAUUCCUUGCAAUCUCUUCGUAUUCGCAGCCUAGAGUCAGAAGUAUCACAUCUACUUUCGGAAAAUGUGUCGCUUCGAAAACAGGUCAUCAACCUUACACAGGAAACCGAAAGACUGGAAGCAGGGAAAAUGCUGCAUAAUGGAAUAUAUGACAUCAAAUCCAAGCUAGACGCCAAACUAGCCGAGUUGAGCAACCUGGCGGCAGAUUUGGGCUCAUUACCCCGCAAGGUGGGCAGGCUUUGCGACGACCAGAUCGAUAGGCCAAAACAGGCGGCAGAGUCGAGACCUAGGACAGAAGACAUGAUGGAAGGCGAGGAUGGAAGGCUUCCUGCUAUUAUUGAGGACAAAUAUUACCCUCGACAGACUUUAGACCCCCAGGAGCUCGACAGCUUGGUCCACGACGACCACAGCAUUCUAGAUUCUCCGCCACAGUUCAGCUUUAUGCCAGAUGAAGGAGAUGCACCCAUUGAGCAUUCAAGCCCAUCGCCAGAAUCAACAUUCAGGGGCCAAAUCAACGAUGAUAUACCCGAAGAACCCGAGCCAUUUCUGCCUGCAACUCUCGAGACCCGCAAGAAGAAAAAGAAGUCGAGUUCGAUCAUUGCGCCUGAAAUUAGCCCCGCGCCAACAGAUCGGCAACAAAGUCCACCCAUCGAUACAACACAGAAUACAACAUCGGUUUCAACGAAGCGCAAAUACAUACCCGAAGACGAUGACCAAUUCACGUCCAAUCUUGAUGUCGACGAUGAUGAAUUCCAAUUCACCCGGCCCAGUCAUAGCCCGAAAAAGAAAACGAACCUAUUUGCAGAUACACAGCGAGACCAGUCCCCCACCAAAAAUGUUGAAGUGACAAGAGGAUCAAAAACCCCUGUCCUGUCUAUGCGGAAGGUCCUAGAACCAAAGAGUGCAAACUCCAAUCUAGGCUCUCCCAAGAAGGCCCGCAUGUCUUCGCACCAGGACUCUAAGCUUAUGCAGAGGUCCACUAAGGGUGACGAGAAUAACAACUCGCCACAGAAAGUGAAGGAUGUCGAGAAACUCAGUGGCAAGACUGCCAAUCAAAAGCCGCGAGUGUCCAGAGUCGCCCCUUCAAACAAAGAAAAGCGCGCCAGUCGUCCUGCCCCUCCCCAGCCGGAAGAGCCAUCCCUACACCAGCCAUCACUGUCACCGCAUCCGAAUGCAGUGAACACGGAAGAGUCUGCGAUUCGGCCUUCCCGACGUCGUGGUGCUGUGGUUAGCUAUGCAGAGCCUAACCUACGGGACAAGAUGCGCCGCCCUACCAAGGAAAUGAUCGACGCCGUUGCACUUGGAUCGCGAAGAUCCUCCAGUUUCCAGGCAGGUCGGGAUAGUUUGGACGGUGCAGGGGAGGGCGCCCAACCCCGUGACACCCAUCCUCAUCUUCCUGCUGAUUUCACUCUUGCGGCGCAGAGUUCAGAUCUGCCGUCCGUGGAUAGCUCAGAACAGCUGCUAGCAAUGGUCUCCCGGAGGAAACGCAAGGUUUCGUCGGCCCCGAAGGACGGCAGUGAUGUGGGAAACCCAAGUUCUGGCCUUAAGAAAGAGAUCGAGGACAGUCUCGCAGAUAUCUCCGCCCAUGUCUCACAAAAACCAUUGAAUUCGAAGCGUCAGACGCGACGUCAUUCGUCAAACCCCCACAGUACAGCUGCAAACAUGGCACAAUACGACAUCGACCAGAUUGAACCUCAAUCGCCAGUCGACUCUCCGGAAGAUGAAGAUUCAUUUGGACCGGGAUCAAACGGUUCUACAACGGACGCCGGUGAUGUCAGGCGUGGUCAGCGCGUUGCUGCAAGGAGAAAAAGCAUGAUGGUAUGA